AGUUUAUAAGGCAUCAUAACCUCCGAGACAGACAGAGCAGACACAAGUCAAGGAUUCACCCAAACUGAUAGCACUAUUUCUACUUGACUUUCUCCGGAUCGGUUCUUUUUUUGCACCAUGGAGGUCAAGUUCUCCAACUUUUCCAUCGACCACAUCCUGGACAAAUCUGCCGAAGUGACUCCGCAUCCCUACACGGACGGCGGUUCUUCUCCAGCCCAGAGAGGUGAUCUCUACCACUCUGCACAGCCGGCAGGUCUGAACGGAUUCUGCACAUACGGGAUGCAAAUUGGUAUUCCAGUUUACCAGGUCAGCCCUCAAGCGUACUCAUUCUGCAGUGCCUGUUGCUACAGUAGGCCUGCUCCUUCCAACAUCAGCACCUUUUCCCCAGGCCAUUCGGAGGCAUACGCGUAUGAAACAGGGUCUCAAACUGAUCAGAUGUGCUGCCCUCAUGCAGUCAAUCCCCGACACCGAAGCAGGAUGCGCACAGUGUUUACUGAGUGCCAGACGAAACAACUGGACCAUCUCUUUAGUAUGACCGACUAUCCUAGCGUGGAAGCACGGGCAGAGCUGGCUAGAAAUACCGGCCUCACUGAGGAAACAGUUAGGGUGUGGUUCAAGAAUCGUCGUGCCCGACGGAAGAGACAGAACACCAGGGUCAAGAGUCCCGAAUCUUACAGCGAGGACCAAGAGGAGACACAUUGGGAUCGCGAGGAGACGAACGGUAUCCAGAGAAUGUCUAACGUCCUGUAGGCCUAGAGAUACCGAAUAGGCCAAUCCUAUACGGAGUCAUUACUUGCUUUUGCCUCAUCUUAAUUUAUUUGUUUAGCACAGCGUCAUUUAUCACGUUUGGAAAUGGACUGUUGCGUUCACUUGUGUAAUUUGUUAUAUUUAAAAUAAACUGACUUUAUUGACCACACUUGUUA